CAAAUCUCAUUUUCUUCCUUCUUUGCUAGUCUCAAAUUUCAAUAAAGUAGUUAGGCUUGGUGGUGCUCCAGCACUUGAGAGUCUGAGUCAGGAUUAUGAGUUCUAAGCCAGCCUGUUCUAAAUAACAAAACUUGUUUAAAAAAAAAAAAUUGUACUACCACCUAAUACAAAACCAAAGAAUUACUCUUGAUACCAUCUCCCCUGCUCCUCCCUACAUUCAAUUUCCCACUCAAAAGUACAUUGUUUUCUUCUUUCUCUUUGCUUCAUUCAUCAUUCCCUCUUUUGCUGUUAUUUUCCCUCAGGUGAAGAGAAAUGAGACAGUUAUACUGUUUUGUUCACAAUCAACAAGCCAUUCUUAUUUUAUCAUUUUGCUUUUCAUUUCAAUUUCCACUCAUGUUCCAUCUCCUCCCUUUAGGUGAGUGAAUAAUGUGUUUGAUAUAUGUCCAUGAAUAUGUUGUAUCUUUAAAUAAUAUAUAAUGUUUUACGUAUGUAUCUGUUUUAAAUGUAAUUGAUAGUAUGUUAUAGAUCUCAUUCUGUUACUGAUCUGUUACUGAUGUUUCUGUAAACACUUUACUUGUAUUUUUUUAACUAACCUCACACCCUUGGCCACUGGUCCUGGGCCGAAACAGGACAGUCAGAAUUUCUUACCCAGAAUUUUUUGAACUGAAAUUGAGAAAGAAAAUCCCUCUCCACUGUGGAAGCCAUAAAAUGUAAAACACAGAAGCUGUCAGCAGCCACAUGCCCUGCCAUAUGGAACCAGCUGGUCUGCAAUGAAAAAGAUACCAACAUGCAAAGAGCUGCAGAGAUUCGUGGUGCCCUUAAUGCUAUCAAAGUCCUAAUUUCAUCCACUUUAGAGGGGAAGCCCAAGGCUGUUGUUACUCACAGCAGUGGAAACCAUGGUCAGGCUCUCACCUACGCUGCCAAACUGGAAGGGAUUCCUGCUUAUAUUGUGGUGCCCCAAACAGCUCCCAACUGUAAAAAACUGGCAAUACAAGCCUAUGGAGCCUCUAUAGUGUACAGUGAACCUAAUGAUGAGUCUAGGGAAAAGGUUGCAAAAAGACUCAUGGAAGAAACAGAAGGUAUCAUGGUACACCCUAACCAGGAACCUGCAGUGAUAGCUGGGCAAGGGACAAUUGCCCUGGAAGUGCUAAAUCAGGUUCCCUUGGUGGAUGCACUGGUGGUACCUGUAGGGGGAGGAGGAAUGGCUGCUGGAAUCGCAAUUACAAUUAAGGCUCUGAAACCUAAUGUGAAGGUAUAUGUGGCUGAACCCUUGAACGCAGAUGACUGCUAUCAGUCCAAACUGAAAGGGGAACUGACCCCCAAUCUUCACCCUCCAGAAACCAUAGCAGAUGGUGUCAAAUCCAGUAUUGGCUUAAACACCUGGCCCAUAAUAAGGGACCUUGUGGAUGAUGUCUUCAUUGUCACAGAGGACGAAAUUAAGUUUGCAACCCAGUUGGUAUGGGAGAGAAUGAAACUCCUCAUUGAACCUACUGCUGGUGUUGGAGUAGCUGCUGUGCUUUCUCAGAAUUUUCAAACAGUAUCUCCGGAAGUAAAGAAUAUUUGUAUUGUGCUCAGUGGUGGAAAUGUAGACUUAACCUCCCUAACUUGGGUGAAGGAGGCUGAAAGGCCAGCUCCGUAUCAGUUUGUUUCUGUUUAAUUUAUGCAAAAGGAAGAGAUAGGACUCUGUGUCUCCAAAUACAUGAAAAGUUUUCUA